CGAAAACUGUAGCGCUUUUUCUUCGAAACUUUGCCACCGAGGACGGUAGAAGCCUCGUAGAGCGCGAAAUUGACGCCAGCAGUUUUUCGUUUGCUCGCUGACGCGAACGCUCGGCCCCCAUGGACGAGCUCCUCCACUACUGUCUACGCGAGCUCGCGUUCGACGGAGACCUCGGCUGUAAAGUCUCGCGUCUACGCGACUUCGUAGACGACUUCUACACCCGUAGUCCCACCGCGGGCGUCCAAAACACGGACGAUGCGUUUCAUGCUUUCGUAUGGUCGCUUGUGGCUCAACAGCCCACUGUGAUCAUUGGCACCGUUCCUCCUGGCAUCACCUCCGAAGUAUGGAUCGCGCCACAGACGAGUGCGCAGCGCAAGGCGAAGGAGAAGGGACAGGUCGCGAAGGUGAAUGAGAGGGUGACACUAGACCUUGUCGACGAUGCGAAGAAUCGAACGUUACAAGAUCUUGAGGCGGAGUAUGGGGAUAAGCUGAGAAUUGCAACGGAUCCUCAAACGACAUACGUCGCUAUCACUGGAACACAUAUCCACUUCCCGAAAAUGAGUCCGAUGGUGUAUUCGGCGCUACAGCUCGUCACUCGCGGCAGAGACAACGGUAUAUCCGUUAUCCAGCUCGGCCAGCAGUCCAAGUAUGAUCAGAAGACGUGCUUUUACUUGAUCAAACAGCUCACGGAACUCGAUCUCGUCGUGAAAGUACGGCGAGGCGGCAUCAAUUCCAACUUCUGUAUUCACAAAUACUUCUAUGAACGGAGUGAAGCAUGGAAAUCAAUCCGAGAGGAGGAGUUGCGUGCAAAGGCGGAGGAUGAUGUUCCUCCCCCCGCCGACAACGACGUCGAUUUGGAGGAAGACGAAGCAGAUCCAGAACGCUUGAAGGCGCUCGAUUUCACCCCCAUCGAUGCGCGACAUCUCUCCAGUCUACCUCUGAUCAAAGCUCGCGUCCUCAAGCUCCUAAAGUCAUCGAAAAAUCAGAUGCACGCGUCGCAGAACAUGCUGAUUGCAAUUGGCUUCAAUCACCCCACCAAAACACACCGCCGAUUUUUCACGAGCUUGACGCGUGAGAUGAUCCAACAGGGUGUGAUGGAGUCCGUCUUUGUCCCCAAUAAGAAGACAGGGCUCAAUAAGCCUGGGACUAAGUGUUUUCGACUCGUGGCUGCGGAUCGGGAACAAGUCGGGGAGCAGGAGGAAUCCGAUGUUAUCGUCCAGCGGCUAGACGAAGAUGACAGUAAUACUCCAGAGGUCGAAUCCGGUUCAGACCGCGGCGGCGUCAAGAUGAACUGGACAAUUCACAAGCAAAUGUUUUCGCUAGUGGAGGAGUCUGGGAUGACUGGAAUGACCCACUAUCAAUUGUCUGAUGCUUUGGGCCAAUUUGAUAAACGUACACUCGAGCUGUUGUUACAGCGCGCGGGGAAUUUUCCACCGCCAGCUCACCUGGUCGACUUGCAGAUCAUUGGGCGGAUGGAAAAUUUUGGCCGAGAGCGGAGGCAGAGAUAUUUCACCGCUGCGAACUAUGAAGCACUCGUCGAACAAGAGAAGCUGGACAAAGAAGCGGCCAAGUGUCUGGAGAUCAACCAGGAACUUGCUGGCGGUUUCUAUCCGUUUUCUGCUGAGGUGUUUCACGAGGACGAGGCUGCCUUGGUCGAGUAUCAGGAUCGCGACUCGCGUUCUGUGACCGGUGCCGGGCGCGGGCAUAAGAAGAGGAUCAACCCCCUCUUACCGGAUGGAACGGUGAAAAAAGGAAGACCGAGGAAGGUUUUGGCGGAGGGCGAGACACCCAAAUCGAGGAAGCGAAAGCGGGCUGGUGAAGAUGUUGAUGGUGAGCCGCAACAGCCGGCCGCUAAGAGAAAAAAGAAGGGCGCAGGUACGCGGUUCCUCUACUGUCACAAUGAUGUUGACGGUGGUGUGCUAGCUGAAGCUGAUGAUGCGGUACCGGUAGAGGACGUGAUCCCCUCCACCGAACCACCAGCUCCCAAAAAACGUGGCCGACCGCCCAAAAACCAAGAGCCCUCUGCAGAUGGGGCUCCUGCAGUACUAAAAAAACGGGGGCGUCCCUCGAAGCAGAAACCUUCAGAUGAUGCUAUCGAUGCUAUAGAGAAGAAGGCGACGCCCAGGAAGAAACGGGGAAGGCAAGAUGCUGAAGCUGAGGCUCCACCGAUCGCAGUGUUGGACUCGACCGAUGUUACGCCAGCUCCGCAUGCUAAGCGCGCGAGAGUGGAUCCGGUUCCAGAUAACACGGCUACCGUCGUUGAAGCACUGGAUGAACUGGCUGACGAUGAUUUGGAUGGCAUUGGAGAAAUGGAAGUGGAUAUUGAAUCAGGUCCAGUCCAGCCCAAGGUCGAAGCUGUCACUCAGCCCGUCCAAUCAGAAGGGAGACCUGUCGAUGCGGUUCUUGAAGCUCUGCCCGCUGAACCUCAAGUCGAACCUCAAGUCGAACUUCGAGUGGAGCCCCAAGUCGAGGUCGAAGUGGAAGUUCCACCGGUCGAGAUUGCUCCCGUGGAACAAACGGCAACUCGAGUGAGCAGCUUCAAUCAAUCGUACCGAGCAGAUCAUGACAUGUCCCAGACCCGACGAGUGAAUGUGUCCAGUCUGCGCCGACAGAACGAGCUAUUCCGUGUUCUGCAAGAAUGCGGCGGGAUUCUCAAUCUUUACACAAAAGAAGUCUAUGAUGAUCACCAAGCCUUGCUGACUACUCUCAGUCGAAAUGGGGAGCCGACAAGCGCUCCGCCUGGGACUCGUCUGGACAGGCGGACUGCAGUGACCGCAUUCAACGAUCUCGAAUCGAGGGGAAAGGUCAAGCAGCUCAAAGCGACGGCGAUCAGCUCCUCGGGGACACAGCGGUUGACGAGCUUGGUCUACUUGCCAGAGAUGGUGGACCAAACAAAGAUCACAGCAUUUGUGGCAGAGGUCGGACGGAAUAUGCUCACUCUCCCGGUGAUUCCUUCCAAAUCCGUUUUGGUCGGAGAAAGCGCUCAGAUGGAGUAUGGAUCCAAAUCACGAGCGAAGCUAGCCCCCAGUUCCAAAGCGGUCGCUCUCAUUCCCCGCAAACCACGUGGAUCGACUCGUGACCUGCCGACGCACGCCGAAGAAUUGUUUGCCCAUGACGACGAGACCGUGCGCGACGUCCUGCUCACGGAGCGAGUGACGGUCGGGCAGUUGUACGGCUUUCUGCCCGGAAAACUCAUCCGGGCGCGUGAAUUGCACGUCUAUCUUGUCAAUAUGUUCGAGUCGUCGUCGGUGCAGUCCUCGAUGAUCGUGUCGCACCAAGAGCGGAUCCUCUCCUUUUCAUGGUUCUUCACGGAUAUGGGAAUUGGGAUGUACUGUGCGCUGGUGGCCACGACCGCUGUGUGUGAUGAGCUCACAGAUCGCUUGGAGACACGUCAGGGUCAAGCCAUGUCCAUCAAGGAGGCCGGACCUGGUAUACAUGCCGCGCUUUCGAUUGGCCGGAGUCGUAGCCGAGCAAGGAUAAUCGAUAUCCUCGACACUCUCAGAUGUUUGGGACUGAUCACUCCGCUAGAAGAGGUAUCGCCGGCUGGCCAUGCCACAGUUACGUGCGCGCCGAGCGACAAGUACCCAAGCGCCUUUGAAGAGGUGACUGAUGAUGCUUGGAGUGCCGACUCACUUGCCUCUGCGCCGAGAUUCUGGCGACUGAAUUCUUCCGCGCCCCUGCAUCACUGGGCUGCAUCUGACAAAGCGCCGCCAUUUCUGCAAAACCUGGCUGUGCAACGGUAUCCUGAAGCCGUCGCAUACUGGAAGCUGCUGCAGCAGGCCUGCGAGGACGAAGUUUUCCCUCCGAACGUGAACGGCGAGGCGCCUCCUGCAGGGUUCGUUGUCAAAAAGAUCCGCUCUAUCACACGGAAGAGUUCUUGGACAGAGGAAUACGCCUUCAGCUGGCACCAGACGACCUGGAUCUCCAAACAACUGGACAGGAUCGGACAUCCCGGGGAGGUUGCGGAUCCCAACGUCCCUGCGGAUGGCCAGAUAGAGCGUCUCGCGUGGGUUGUCAGUGCUCCCGUGGCUGAGGUGCGGGAGCACGUGAGAACGGUGCAAGCCAACAAAGCGAGGGAGGCAGCCAAGAUCGCCGACCGGAAAAGACGCGAGGCGGAGAAAAGCAUGCAGAACGAGGAGGUCAAGGCUUCGUUGGCGAAGAAAGCGGCUGAUGCGAGGGCGGAGCGAGAAAUCAGGUGGGACGCGUUGCUGAACAAAGUGCAUCCGGGCCCGAUCGGGGCGAGUGCUGGCGCCAGGCUGAACAGAGUCCGCACGUUGUACAUGCAGGCUGUCGUGGGCGCAAACACCUCCAAAUGGGAGCACGACAUACUCCAGGCCAUCCAGGACGCAGGGUUCGCCAGCAGUGCUGCAUCGGUCGCCGGGCUCGGGAAACGGGCGAAGCGGGCUUCGACGAGCAAGAGUUCUUCAGCUCAUUCGAUGCCUUCGGUUCCGGUUGCAGCCACUCUUCUGAUGCCGGUGGGAGCGCCGCCAGUCGUGUCCAAGGCGGCACCCGCGAAAUCUGUGGCAUCGCUCGUCGCGAUGCAGGGCCCAGCCAUUGUUGAGAAGAGCAGGAAGAAGCAGAAGAAAAUUAAAAAGGGCGCUGUCACUCUCAUCGAAGAGGAGAAAACACCAUCUCCGUCUCCUGGCCCACGUACGCGGUUCCAAUGGAACAAGGACUACGAGGAGCUGGCCAAGGACGCUUAUGUGAUUCUGCAGUCCCGAUGCCGCUCGCGAGGCAAGCUGGAUUACAGCCAGUUCAAGCAGGUCUUUCCAGCUGUUCCCCGGAACAGUAUCCGCAAUCACGUGAAAUCGAUGCGCGAUGCGUCGAGCACUGCGGCCUAUCUCACGCGACUCGAAGACCAGUGGCAUCGACUGUGGAUCCAGUACCGGGGCACGCUGUAUCUGCGAGACGACGAUUAUCUCAGUCUGGAACCGGAUAAGUUCAGUCUGGUGGAACAUGUUGAGUUUCUCAGGAAGAGUAUUGAUAAGAAUGCGCUACGCGUUGGAUUCGCUGAAGAGGCCGCCCAAGAGCAAAACACGAUACCAGCCAGCCUCGAGGAGCUGCUCGACACAUUCGAUGUCGUCGAGGCGCCCGCUACAGUACCAGCAUGGGACUUCAUGUGGAGCGGAUCGAUCGAGGACGGGCGAGAGAAACGGGCACUGAGACAGGCCAUGACGAUGCGGCCCGAUGAUAUCUUCGCCUCGGCUAUCUCGGAGGAGAACGAACGCAUUCCGUUGGCCGAGACGGCGCUCAAGAUGGUUAUGAGCGUCGCCGCUGAGAGAUACGAUCCAGCCGAGGCCUCUAAGCUGCUGCAUGGGAUCGGGCAGGAUGCGGUUGUCGUUGCCCAGAAGAACCUGCUAGGACGAGGCGUGCUGUCAAAGCGGUUCAAGAAUCCGGGGAGGAAGCCUGGCCGGAUGCUCAGGAUCUCAGAUAUGAACUCUAACGCUAUCGGAGGCUCGAUCCCGAAAGAAACGUUUCAAGAUGCGAUUGGGCUGGAAGAGAUAUCGUCUCAGGAUGAGACGUGGCGGGAGUGGCCGCUGCUUUCGACGGACGGGGACACGGCUGCUUUGCUGCAGGCUGUGUCCGACGGCAAGGUCGAUUUUCGGAUCGACACGAGUCAGGUGCAGGCUGCGAGGGCGGCGAUUGACUGGAAUAGCAAGAAAGCAGAUGAUGAUGAUAUCGAGACUGCUAUAUUUGUCAAAUUCCACGACAUGGACAUGGAGGUGGAACCCGAGCGGCAGCAGUCGGACGAAAGCGCCUCACGUGUGAUGCCCGUCGAUCUGGAACAUGAAGUGAACUGCAGAAAGGUCAACGAGGAUACAUUGGUUAGCUGUUCAGCGUGUCUGGCCGAGGACUGGAACGCGGUAUUGUCUUCCGCAGACGAUCGAGCUGUGUUACAGCUGGUCCUCGACACAGUUGAAGCCGCGGGCUCCGGCGGCAUGUCCAAGCAGGCUUUGCUGGCACAAACCAAUUUGUCUGCGCUGUCCCUGCAAUCUGCUCUGAAGGUCAUCACCGAGGCCGCUGUGCCUCGUCUCUUUUGGUUGGGGUAUUCCGAGAUGGUGCUGGUCUCUGCCGCCUUCCUGGAGUCGUGGACUGUGCAGUUAUCGGGAGCGACGAGGGCGUUCCCGCGCCGCUGGCUUGAUUUCACAGGCUCCAAGGUGACCGAUCUCUGGGAAGCUGCGCUGCGCGCUGUCAUGGGUGUGUUGGUGUUCCAUCCGGGAAUCACUCAGGCCCAGCUCCGUUGGCGCCUGCGCUCUGUGUAUGAUCGACAGGAAGUCAAUGAGCUCCUGAAGUACCUGCGCGAUGAAGGGUUCAUGGUGGUGCGAGGGUCCGGGUCUGGCUUGGACGCCGAUGACGAGGAGGAGCAUCGAAAUUAUCUGUUCGUCGGGACUAAGAGUUGGUACAGUGUCUGAAAAGUAGUGUAAGGCAACUCUAAUGUACAGUAGGCGCGUUGAAGUUAGUUGAAUGUCUUGUGAUGUUAACAAUAAGCCUGGCAGUGCUAAUAUCACUGAGAGUAUGGAAGGCUUAGACUGAGAGGAAGGCGAGCGCGUCGGUAACGCAUGUGGGUUAUUUAUCAUUGCAUCGGCGCUGCGCGUGGCAAAUGUGCUCCAAAGUACAAGGGCGGAUUCGCUGGACACCUUCUCCCGGGCCAUUGCCGAAGGUAGGUUCGAGGGUUCAGCCUUUCGGCAUCAUGUGCUGAUGGACCAUCAGUGUGGUCAAAUGAAGAGUUUGUUACCCUCUUUCGUGGAGACUUCAUGACUGCCUUCUGCGUUGCUCGAUUUGACUCAGAUAUCACUCAUCAAGCACCGUAUCAGUGCAGAGCAAGCGCUCCUUGUUGAAGCGAUGCGCAUAUACCAUCAGCUUCCUCUGGGUUUCCUAUUCUUGAGCCGCGGCCAAUCACUCUUGAUAGCUUGAUAUCGUCUUAUCUCUGGUAGCCCUUCAUAAGCAUGGACUUGCCGAUAGCGACGAGCUGAAGCUGUUGCUCUCCUGAAGUGUCCAUGUUUGCCGCCGCCGCCACCGCCAUCACUCUUGUCCUGCCCUUGGUUGCAGCAUACCAGCAUCACCUCCACGACGCGGUCGCCGUCGCGGACGUGACGACCGAGGAAUGGUACAAGAAGUUCGGCCCCCAGGCCGACCUGCCCUUUAGUGGCCCAGCGAGCUUCAACC